AUGGUGGAUCCAACACCUCAAAAUCCUGUAUAUCGAAUUUACAACAAUGUCGCUGUGUCUCAUUUGUUCCUUUGCCAUACACAGCUUCACGAAGAUGAUGAGAUUCUCACGGUUUGGGCCGUCGAUGACCAGUGCGAGAACCACAUCACACCCAACGAGGCUCUGGCUCAAGUAGUCAUGGCUCUGUUCGGUCUCUUCGCAUUGUAUAAGACAGUCGUAUACUGUAAGGGUGAUAUGUCAAUGCCACCUCUGGCUAAGAAGGAGAUGAGCGACCCGUGUGCAGAGAGGAACUACCAACAGAUCUAA